UUGUCGUUGGCUUCAGUUGUGUCCAGGACUGUCGCGUGUGAUUCGUUUGGUGUGUGUUUGUGUCUGGCGUUUAACUCGUGCCGUAGCGUGGCGUAUGCUCAAUUUAAUCAGUGAUUAAGAUGCCGCUAAUCGAAUGAGCUAAGUGAAUGCCUUGCGCCGAGUCAUCCCACAAAUAUUAAGUGGCGCAUGAAUAUACAUAUAUGUACAUAACUGGCUGAUUGCACAUAGUUCGCGGGCGAACAUCGGUGAGGGUGAACGGUAGUCGGUAGUCAGCAGUCAGCAGUCAGCAGACGGGUGAAGGAUAAAGUGUGACGUGAGCUUGGGCAAUCUGAAUUUUUUUGCCGCGCAUAUUCAGUCAUGUGAAUUUCAACAAUAACAACAGAUCCCACAGUCUCCCCAUCAGAUUAUUGCGAGUUUGUGUGCGAGUGUGUCUGUGUGAAUAUGCGUGUGUACGCGCGUGUGCCAGCGUGUGUAAUCCAAGAAAAUCUGUCACGUGCUUUGGAUAUCUCUUUGUUCUACUACACACGCAGCGAAUUUAUUGAAAAUAAAAGAUAAAUGUGCCUGACCCACAACACAAAUAAGAGAAGUUCGCACCAAAAACCAAUACGAAGACAACAACAGUAACAACAGCAGCAACAUCGAAACCAACGGAUAAAAUCAAACCCGAAACUUACUGCAUACAACUGACAGAUGUUGGCGUUGUUGUUUUAACUGCUGAGUGGCUCAGGGAAAACACAACUCAAGUGAAUCGAGGAAAGUACAAGAGAACGGGCCAAGGGACUGGACCAGAGACUAGAAGCAUGGCAAAUAGCCAAAGGUUGUUUAUGACGAAACAAGAGGAAAGCUCAUAAAAAUACAUGAAGAGCUAAGCAAAACAAACAAGCAAAUGCAUCAUCUACUCAAACUUAAAUAACUCGAUAGAUAGUUAAAUCAAACGAUUGAAUAUGCAAAAAUCCAGUGUGAAAACAUUUCGCGAUCAAAUUGGCAAUAAAAACCAAAACCGUCCCACAUAAAUCGUCGAUUAUUGCAACACAGAAGAACUCCAUAUAUUUUAUUUGCCCCGAAAAGUUGUUAUCUAAAGAAGCAACGGAUAGUAAAAUUGCAAACGCUUGCAGAAAUCGAGAUUAAAAACAAACCAAAUAUAUCGCACCUCGCAUUUAUAGCGUUGCGUUGCGUAUACGUCACAUGUGCCCCAGUGACAUCACGUAAAGGCGUCGUUCACUUUCAGCAAAGAAAACAAAGAAGGGAGAAAAACACAAUAUUAGGGUGGUGUUAAAUGCGUUUACAUAUCUGCGACGCGGCAGCUGCCGCUCCCCCUGGUGGUGCAUCGAGAUACCAGUGAAAGUGCUGAGUCUCGCAUUAUUUCUGCGUAGGUGAACAUUUAUCGCUCUGAGGAAGCGCAGCAUGCGCUUGUGGAAAAAUCGAUCAAAAAUGCGAAUAGACAGAACAGCGAAGGUGCACACCGCACCGCACUACCGGCCACAAUUGGCACAGUUACUUAUCGGCGGCAUUCUCUACAUGACAAUUGCAUCACAUCCACAGACGACAGCAGCCACAGCAGUCACAGCCGCCGCCAAUUUCGAUGAGAGCGGCAUGGAUUCAUCAUCCUCAUCCUCCUCGGCUUCGGCUUCGGCUUCAGCUUCAGCUUCGGCGACAUCAUCAGUGGCGUCGUCAGCGGCCGCAGCAGCAUUUGCGGCGGCUCAGAGCUCGUCUCUAAUGCCCGAGGUCGGCGCCCUGCUGGCGAGUGGUGUGCUGGUGGAGCCCUAUCUGGAUGGCUAUGCCACAUCGAAUGUAACCACACAGAUCGGUACACAUGCUUAUCUGCCUUGUCGGGUUAAGCAGCUUGGCAACAAGUCCGUGUCCUGGAUUCGACUUCGUGACGGACACAUACUCACAGUUGACAGGGCUGUCUUCAUUGCGGAUCAGCGUUUCCUCGCACUCAAGCAGCCAGACAAGUACUGGACACUUCAGAUUAAAUAUGUGCAGGCGCGAGAUGCUGGCACCUACGAGUGUCAGGUCUCCACGGAGCCCAAAGUGAGCGCGCGUGUCCAGCUGCAAGUUGUUGUUCCUCGAACCGAAAUUCUGGGUGAGCCCGAUCGCUAUGUCAAGGCUGGCAGCAAUGUCGUCCUACGAUGCAUUGUGCGUGGUGCCUUAGAGCCUCCGACGUUCAUCAUGUGGUACCAUGGCGCCGAGCAGUUGGCCGCCGAUUCGCGUCGCCAUCGCACACAAUUGGAUCCGAAUUUGCCAGAGGCGAGCGGCGAGGGACAGAGCACGAUCGGCUCAUUAAUCAUUGAGUCAGCCAAGAAGCGUGAUACUGGCAAUUACACUUGUAGCCCCUCAAACAGUCCCAGUGCAACUGUGACGCUCAACAUAAUAAAUGGGGAGUCCUCCGCCUCGGCGGUUACGUCAUCGGCUCCUGUAACUCGGGCGUAUACUUUAUGUGUCCUGGGAUUGCUGCUGAGUGUCAUUGUCAUCAGUGUCGGACACAGGACAUGACAUGUUGAGGCUGGGCAGAAAGAAAAGCUGAUUUAAUGGAAUGGAUGUGAAUGGAAGCAGAGCCAUUGGUUAAAGUAAAUAAAAUACUCGGCCAACAAGAUUAAUAGAUGCAUUGAAAAAGACACAAAAAACACAAGCAAAUUGAUAAGAUUAAUUUAAACAAAAAAUAUAUAUUUAAUUAAUAUGCCAUACGAAGUAUAAUCGAAUACAUGUUGUAUGUUAUGUGUAAGCUAGUUGGUUUUGUCUACUAGCUAAAUUACUUAAUAAGUAAAUACAAGAAAAUUCGGAGCAACUGAGAUUAAAAUGCAACAUUUUCUCCACAACUUCGGAAUUUUAAGCAACUCAUGAAAUUGCCAGUUCUGCGAGCUCUAAGCAACUAGUUGUUCAACUUUUGGACAUAAGCAGUCAACGUGUUCAAGUGUCCAAGAAUUCACAUUUAUCUGACUUUGCAUUUUGUUGCAGUUCUGUGGGAAAUGGAAAGUCCGAGUGGGAGUCCUCGUAUGUUUACAUAAAUACAUAACCGUAAAUAUUUAUGCAGCAUGAAAUGAAAUUGCAUCAAUAUUCUUAUCAACCUGUGCAUAGUCGUUCUAGUUGUGUAACAAACUGAAUCACAAAUGAAUUUUGGAAUUGCAAUAGAACGCAAGCAAUUGGUCAACUGAAACAAAUUGGAAUUUCUAGAUACCAAACUGAACAUUUAUGGUCGGAGUUCACACUCGCUAUGCUGCAUUAAUUAAACAAAAAUAUUUCAUUUAUUUAUGCCUGUUUAUCUUCGGUAUUUCAUUUAUGUCUGUUUCCAUUUUAUCCGGGCUUUACAUUUAUUAUACCCCGUGAAUUCUAGGGAAAUAUUUCAAUCAUUUUUUGCUUUCUGAUUAGUUAUGUUUCUAACAUUUCUUAAAAUAUGCAAUCGAUCAAAUAAUUUUGAUGAUUAGAAUUCUUUUCAAUUUGAAAUAUCUUUCGUCUAUGACCUGUGAAUAUUAUUACAACUUCUAUCUACAUUAAUUACUAAAUUCUAAAGUAAAUAUUUUUAAAUUAAUCAAUUUUCAUUUGCUAAUUUGAAAACAUAU